AUGGCCGAUCUUGGCGAAGCGGUCGUUGGCUUCCUUACGCAGCUCGACCAUGCUGCGCUGUCGCCCGCCGUGACGACCAAGGUGCGGUCGGCGCUCGCCGCCGCCAACGACGCCACCUCUACUCUCCACAGCCUCGCGCGCCUUCUCGCGGCCGACGACGCCGAGCUCUGCGACGCCAUCUGCGCUGCGUUUCGCCCGUUCUUGCUCGAGCUCGCGGCGCGCCUCCUUACCAUGAGCGACUUUGACGACAACAAGCACGAGCGCCUCUCGCUCACGUUUGCGCGCGUGCUGCAGGUCACGCCGCGCAUUUGGCCGCUCGUGCAGCCGUGGCUCGAGUCAAGCCGGUGCUUCUUCCACCACAUUGAGACCAUGUCGGUCAGCCGGAAGCGCCGCGCCGCGACGACCGCGCGCCUCCUCGCGUCCGUGCAGCUCGACACGAUCCUAAGCAUGUGGAACUGGGCGCCGUUCUACGCCUUGUGCGCGGACGCCGACCACGUCGUGCGCGCCGAGGCCAUGCGCGCGACGAGCCUGCUCUUGCGCAUGGACAAUGCGACGCGCGACGCGUUCUUGUCGCGUAUGGACAGCGCGGCGAUGCCGGCCUCGACCCCUCGACCGACGCACCUCUCGCAGACGACCACGAACCAGGUCUCGGGCGCGCCGCUGCCCUCGACGCUGACGGAUAUUUGCGGCAUCCUCGUGCCCUUCCGCGCGACCAAACACGAGAGCGCGUAUCCGGCGCUCAUUGAGACGCCGUCGACGGUGUCGGCGCUGCGGUCGCUCGCGAUUGCGCUGAGCCUGCGCCGCCCGCUCUUGGUCUCGGGCGCCGACGGCGCCGGCAAGACGGCGAUUUUGCGCGAGCUCGCACAGCGCACGGGCCAUAGCGACCUCGUCGAGCUCCACCUCGACGAUCAAAUGGACAGCAAGACGCUGCUUGGGUCGUACGUGUGCACGGACGUUCCCGGCGAGUUUACGUGGCAGCCGGGCGCGCUGACGCAGGCGGUGACCGAAGGCCGGUGGGUGCUCAUCGAAGACAUUGACCGCGCGUCCAUGGACGUGCUGGCGGCGCUUCUGCCGCUGCUCACGACGCAGGAGCUGCUCGUGCGCGGUCACCGCGUGCCGGCGGCGCCGGGCUUCCAGCUACUCGCGACGAGCCGCAAGCCGAUCUCGGCCAUGCCGAAAGGCUUCCCGCUCUCGCUCUGGCACCGUAUUCCGGUCGUGCCCAUGCACAUGGACGAGAUCGCGCUCGUGGUGGCCAAGCAGUUUCCGCAGCUCCCGGCCCAUGUGACGGACCUCAUUCUCGGGACCUUUACGCUCGUGACAGACGAGAGCUCGGCGGUCUGGCGCGCGGCGCGCCAGAGCUACGGGCGCGGCUUCUCGCUCCGCGAUGUGCUCAAGUGGUGCACGCGUGUGAUCAAGCUCCACGGCCACAUUGAGCCCGGGCAGUACCUCACGCAGGCGAUGCGCGACGACCUCGCGCGCGAGGCGUGGGACAUCUUUUGCAUGGGCAUCCGGGACAUGGACGCGCGUGUCGCGGCCGCCAUCUCGAUCGGCGCGCUGUGGCAGGUGCAGCCCGAGGUCGUCGAGACGCAGCUGCGCGACCACCGGCCGAAUUUUGUGCCGCACCACGCGUCCGUGACCGUCGGCCGUGUUCAGCUGCAGGCGCUGUCGCAGUCGUCGACGACCGGUCACCAGAUUCCAUUUGUACUGACCGGCCAUUGUCUCCGGCUCAUGGAGCAGCUCGCGGCCACGGUCGCGACGUUCGAGCCGACCUUGCUUGUCGGUGAAACCGGUUGUGGCAAGACGACGCUGAUCCAGUACCUCGCGUCGGCCAUGGGCCAGACGCUCGUCGUACAGAACCUCAACGUGCAGAGCGACAGCGCGGAUCUGCUCGGCGGCUACAAGCCCGUGGACGUCUACCAGCUCGCGCGGCCGCUGUACAUGGACUUUGUCAACCUCUUCUCGUCGACGUUUCCGUCGUCCGCGAACGCAUCGUUUCUGCAUGCGAUCCAGAAGGCCUUCUCGGCCAAGCAGUACAAGAAGAUGACGCAAGGCAUGACCAAGGCGAUCGCGAUGGCCGAUGCCAAGGCCAAGAAGAUGAAGCUCGACGAGAGCGCGCUGACGUGGGCCCAGUUUGGAAGCGCGCUCGCUAAGUUUCAGCGCCAGUACCAGCAAGUCGAGUCGAGCUUUGCAUUCUCGUUCGUCGAGGGCAUGCUCGUGCAGGCAAUGAAGGCCGGCCACUGGAUCCUCCUCGAUGAAAUCAACUUGGCGGGCGCCGACACCUUGGAGCGACUCGCAAGCGUCCUCGAAGGUGAGCACUCGGGUUUGUCGCUCACCGAGCGCGGCGACGUCGACGUGCUCAAGCCGCACCCGAACUUUCGCGUCUUUGCGGCCAUGAACCCGCCGACCGACGUUGGUAAGAAGGACCUCCCGCCCUCGCUCCGCAACCGAUUCACGCAAGUGUACGUCGACGAGUGCGUCUGCCCGCGCGACUUGACGCUGCUCGUGUCGCAGCAGUGGAAGGAGAUGGUCAAUGCACCCGUGGCCGAGACGGUCAACUUUUACCUCAGCGCGCGGCAAAUGGCGAUCGAUGUGCUCAACGACGGCGCUCGCCAACGGCCGCGGUACUCGCUCCGCACGCUGACGCGGUCGCUGCUCAUGACCAAAACGAUGCUCCAGCGCGGCUACAGCCUCCCGCGCGCCUUGUACGAAAGCUUCUCGAUGGGGUUCGCAACGCAACUCGAUGCGAUGUCGCGGACUAUCAUGAUGAAGACGAUCAAGAAGACGUUUGCGCCCAACAUCAAGACCAAGGAGCUCGACCAGGCGCCGCCCAAGCCGCGCAAGUCGGGCGACACAUUCGAGCUCGUGAGCUCGUACUGGGUGCCGAAAGGCGAGCUGACGCCGGUCGACGACGCGAUCCCGGACCCGGUCACAAACCUCAAAAAGUUUGUGUUGACGCCAAGUGUCGAGCAAAAUCUGCGGCACGUCGCGCGCUCGGUCGUCGUUGGCAAGUACCCGCUGCUCCUGCAGGGCCCGACGUCGGCGGGUAAGACGUCGCUCAUUCUGUACGUCGCGGCGCGCCUCGGUCAAAAGUGCGUUCGUAUCAACAACCACGAGCACACGGACAUUCAAGAGUACCUCGGCGCGUAUGUGUCGGACUCGGACGGCAAGCUCACGUUCCAAGAGGGCGUUCUCGUACAGGCGGUCCGUCAUGGCUGGUGGAUCAUCCUCGAUGAGCUCAACCUCGCGCCGUCGGAAGUGCUCGAGGCGCUCAACCGUCUCCUCGACGACAACCGGGAGCUGUACGUGCCCGAGACGCAGACGACGAUCACGCCGCACCCGCGCUUUAUGCUCUUUGCGACGCAGAACCCGCCGGGCUUGUACGGCGGUCGCAAGGUGCUCUCGCGCGCCUUCCGGAACCGCUUCAUCGAGCUCCAAGUCGACGAAGUGCCUGCGAACGAACUCCAGAUGAUUCUGCAAGAGCGCAGCGCGCUGCCGCCGAGCUACUGCAACCUUCUCAUUGAGAUCAUGCUCGACCUUCAGCGCGUCCGCGCGCAGUCGAGCGUCUUUGCGGGCAAGGCCGGCUUUAUCACGACGCGCGACCUCCUCCGCUGGGCGCAGCGAGCGCCGACGACCAAGCAGCGUGUCGCAGAAGAAGGGUAUUUCCUUCUCGCCGAGCGCCUCCGCAAGGACGAAGACAAGCUCGUGGUACAGCAGGUGCUCGAGAAGCGCUGCGGCGUCACAAUCGACCUCGACGCGCUCUACAACGGCGUCGCCGUCCCGACGAACGUGAUUGGCGACACGCCGGCGACGGUGUGGGGCACGCCCGAGCAAUUCGCGCAAGUCCAAGCCAAGCUCAACGACGUCGACGCCAAGGGCAACCACAGCGGUCUCUCGUCCAUUUCGAUCACGUCGUCGUUGCGCCGGCUCUUCGCGCUCGUCGGCCGGUGUCUCCAGCACAAGGAACCGAUCUUGCUGGUCGGCGAUACCGGUUGCGGCAAGACGACCGUGUGCCAGCUCUACUCGCUCUUGUUUGACCAGACGCUGCACAUUCUCAACUGCCACCAGCACACGGAGACCGCCGACUUUCUCGGCAGCCUCCGGCCGGUGCGCGCCAAGGAGCAGGUGCUGCGACAGCUCACGGUCGCGCUCGCGCAGCUCGACGCGCAUGUCUCGGCGAGCUACCCGGAGACGCUCGACACGUCGGUGCUCCGCGCCGACUUGAAUUUGGCGACGAUCGGUGGUGUCUUGGAUGGUCUCUUGCCCAAGGUGCUCGCGCUCAACGCGGACGAUACGGUGCUGCAGGAGCUGCACGCGACGAUCCAGAGCCUGAAGGCCAAGGCGGUCGCGCUCUUUGAGUGGGUGGACGGUCCGCUCGUGAGCUCGAUGAAGGCGGGCGACUUGCUGCUUGUCGACGAGAUCAACUUGGCCGACGACGCUGUCCUCGAACGCCUCAACUCGGUGUUGGAACCGUCGCGCGGCCUCGUGCUCGCCGAGAAGGGCGACACAGCUGAGCACAUUACGGCGGCGGAGCCGUGGCGCAUCCUGGCGACGAUGAACCCGGGCGGUGACUUUGGCAAGCGCGAGCUCUCGCCCGCGCUCCGGAACCGGUUCACCGAGAUUUGGGUGCCGAGUCUCUCGCGCCUCGACGACCUCCAGAUCGUGAUUCGCGAUCGGCUGCCGGGCCCGUCGGCGCACCUCGCAGACCCCGUGCUCACCUUUGUGCAGCAGUUCAACGCCAAGUUUACGUCCAACGGCUGGAAGGUGACGCUGCGUGAUCUCCUCUCGUGGCUCGACUUUGUCAAUGCGUCGGACCUCGACCCGGCGCUCGCGUACGUGCAAGGCGCGGCCCUCGCGGUCCUCGACGGUCUUGGGCUGGGCUCGACGCAGUCGUUGCAUGCGGCGACGACGGCGCGCUCGGCUGCCUAUGACAUGCUUUCGGCGGCGCUUCCGAGCGCGCCGAUGGUCCAAGCGUCCAUGGACUGGGUCGACGACGGCGCGAUCUGUGGCGUCUCGCCGUUUAUGAUCGCCAAGGGCCCCGAGCCGGUGACGCCGCAGCCGUUCUCGCUCGCGGCGCCGACGACGCUCGGCAACCUCCACCGGGUGCUCCGUGCGCUGCAGGUGCCGCGCCCGAUCUUGCUCGAGGGCAGUCCAGGUGUCGGCAAGACGUCGCUCAUCCACGCGCUCGCGCAGCUCUCGGGGCACACACUCGUGCGUAUCAACCUCUCGGAGCAAACGGACGUGGCCGAUCUCUUUGGGUCCGACUUGCCGUCGACGGAUGCGAACGCGUCGUCGCCGUUUUCGUGGUGCGACGGUGUCUUUCUGCGGGCGUUGAAAGCCGGUCACUGGGUGCUGCUCGAUGAGCUCAACCUGGCGUCGCAGUCGGUUCUCGAAGGUCUCAACGCGUGUCUCGAUCAUCGUGGCACGGUGUACAUUCCCGAGAUCGACCAGAGCUUUGCCUGCCCCAAGACGUUCCGCGUGUUUGCGGCACAGAACCCGCUGCGUCAAGGCGGCGGGCGCAAGGGUCUGCCCAAGUCGUUCUUGAACCGCUUUACGCGCGUCGUCGUCGACUCGCUGCAUGAGACCGAUCUGCGUGUGAUCGCGACGGCCUUGUACCCGUCGAUUCCAGCUCACGACGUGCACAAGAUGAUCGCGUUCAACAGCGAGGUCCACCACGAGACGAUGGUCGCGUGCUCGUUUGGCCGCCACGGCGCACCGUGGGAGUUUAACCUCCGCGACGUCUUUCGCUGGUGCACGCUCGUUGAGAAGUUCCAGGCGCCGCCGUACGACGUCUCGGCGUUCAUCCCGAUGCUGUACGGGUCCCGCUUCCGCUCGCAUGCGGACCGGACCAUCAUCGAGGCCAAGCGCGCGGCCGCGUUUGGGCCGUCGGCGCCGGCACCACCGGUGUUUCAGCUCACGCCCACGUAUCUCCAGGUCGGGACGGCGAUCCUGCCGCGCGUCCACGCUGUCUUGCCCAACCUCGACGCGCUCCCGCCGCUCCUCAACCAGUGGCUCGAGCCAAUGCAGGCGCUCAUGCACUGCUUGCACUUGCAGUGGCCGGCGCUGCUCGUCGGUCCGUCGGGCUCAGGCAAGACCGCGAUCGUGCGACUCCUCGCGGCCAUGACGGGUCGCAAGCUGCAUGAACUUGGGCUCAGCACGGGCACGGAUGCGACCGAGCUGCUCGGUUGUUUCGAGCAAGUCGACGUCCAACGCCGCGUGCAAGAAGCGAUGCGCGAACUUGACGACGUGGUUGCUGUCGUCCAGCAAAAGCUUCUGCUGGCCACCAAGACGACCGAGUUCAACGCCGUGACCCAAGCCGUCGCGGCGGUGCACCAGCGUCAAGCCGCGUGGAAGGCGCACAAGGGCGAAAUGGACCCGAUGCUCUUGGAUCUAUUGGACCAUGUCGUGUCGGUGCUCACGCCGCAUGCACCGUCACCUGACGGGAUCGCGUCGAUCCACGCGCAGUUGCUUAGCAUUCGGACGCUCGUGGCGUCGCCGGCGCGCAGCAGCUGCUUUGAAUGGGUCGACGGUGCGCUGCUUCGCGCGAUGGAGCUCGGCGACUGGCUUCUUUUGGACAACGUCAACUUUUGCUCGGCGUCGGUGCUCGACCGUCUCAAUUCGCUGCUCGAGAUCAACGGCGAGCUCCUUGUCAACGAGUGUGGUGUCGUCAACGGCAACCUCCGCGUGGUCAAGCCCCACAAGAAUUUCCGCAUCUUUCUCGCCAUGGACGCGCAGUUUGGCGAAGUGUCCCGGGCCAUGCGCAACCGCUGCAUUGAAAUCGCGCUCGUUCCCAACGAUAUGGCCUGCAGCCCGAAGAUGGACUUUGUCUCGCUCGUCCAAGGCGCGGCCACGUCGGUGGCGUACCCCGUCGCUGUCUACGACCGCCUCCACGCUGUGCACUUCGACAAGGCGAGCCUCGACAAGUCGAUCUCGAUGCGCCACGUCGUCAACUGGAGCCAGCUCGUGCAGGCGCUCGUGGACCAUGGCGUCGCGUUCUCGGAAGCGCUCGAGCUCGCGACGCACGAUGUGUACGGCACGACGUUUGGCAGCAUCGAGAUUGGCGCCGACGACGGCACGGCCGCCGUGUCGACGCAGAUGCUCGUGCAGGACGCAGUCCGUGGCAUGGGCGCCCGGGAUGCGCGCCUGCCCGUGUACCUGGCGUCGUCGCCGAGCCAGCUCAUCGAAUGGGUCCAGCUCUGGACGACGGCGACGGUGUCGGACAAGUGGCCGCGCCAUCUGCUCUUGAACGACGAAGCGGUCUGGACGCAGUGCGCGACCGCCGGCUUGCAAGAUGCGACCGCCGCCAUGGCGACGCACCUCCUUCCGUGGGCGCUGUACCGUAGCGGUCAACCGUCGGGCUUCCAUGCCCCAAGCGCGCACCCGUUUGGCACGUGGCUCGGGUCGGAAGUGCUCCUGCAGUCGAUCCUCAACGGCCUGUCGUCGGCCAUUACGACGUGCGCGGCCGUGGCUGCCCCGCACCUUUCGUCGCUUGUCGUGAACCCGCCGGCACUGCACGUGCUCAAGACGGCGCUGCUGCAGGCGGCGUCGGACGCAGCGAGUGUCGAUGCGCAGUGGCAACCAGUGGACGCGCUUGUGCAGUCGCUCGAGAUGCUGCAACACAUGUGGUGGCCCCGGUUCCAAGAGCAGGUGCUCUUGGGUCUCGCGACGACGGAGGUGACGACGGCGGCCAAGAAGACCAAGCGCGCGCUCAAGAAGACGACCAAGAAGGCGGCGGCGACCCUUCUCAACGUGUCGUACGAGUGUUUUCUCCACGGCGCCGACUCGGUCGACGUCGAGAACGACCUGAUCCCGAUUGUUUACCCGACCUUGCAUGCGCUCGACGCCGUUGUGGACGAGUUUGUGCAGUUGAGUAUGUACAAAGUGCUCUCGGCGCGCCACGUGGCGGACGUCGCCAAGGUGAUCGACCUCCGGUACGCGCUCGGCCGGGUCUUUGCAUCUGCCUCGAGCGUGUUCCCGUGGCAUCCGUUCUUGGUUGUCUGGAAGUGGCUCGUCAAGGCCUUCAACGACCUCGAGACGCAUGUGCUGACGCUCUCGACCGCGGUUGUGCACGCCAAGGACAUGCUCGAGCGCAUGGAGUUUGGUAUUACGACCUGCAUGGGCGUCGCCCGCUCCAAGGACACGCUCUGGAAGCGCGGUGGCCACCGGCAGCUGCCGCCGUCGCUCACCACGUGGUCGGCUAUCUCGGCCGUCGAGGGCCUCGCCGCGACGGCGACCGGGCCGCUCACCGCCGCUGGCCACCAGCAGCAAGUGUCGCUGCUCGAUAUGCUGUGCACGACGUCGUCCGUGUAUGAGUUUACGCCCUCGAGUCUCCUCUCGGUGCCGUACGCGUUCCGCCAAGAGCUGCUUCACGCGCUCACGACGUACGCGUGGUUCAUUGAGACGGCCAACGAGUCGUUUGCGACGCUGCAGCAGCUGCCCAAGACGCUCUCGGCGUCGUACGAUGCGAUGCAAGCCAAGUUUGCCGCCGAGCACAAGCACAUGCUCGUGCACUUGACGCCGCCCGACGACGACAUGGACCGCGGCGAGACCAAGACGGUGCUGCUCCUCGCGGACGACAACAGCAAGGUCGUCGAGAUGUGGAUCCAGCUCCAGCUGAGCCCGCUCCGGGAGCUCUUGUAUCUCCGCCUCGAACACCAGAUUGUGGCCCUGCUCUCCGAAUUGCUCGUGGCGCCACUGGCGUCGUUUGCGACGAAAGUGCCGGUGGUCCUCGGCUGCAUUGACAAGUGGCUGCCGCUGCAGCGCUUCGUCCCGACGCGGUCGCCGGUGACGCUUGUGCCGUACCAAGACGUGCUCUGGCGCGGCCACGUGUACGUCGACGCGAGCAAGGCGCCGACGCUUGCCGACCACGUCGAGUUCAAGCGGGUGGUGACCAAGCAUUUGCAGUCGAUCUUUGUGUCGUUCCACGAUCGGCUCUGGAACAGCAGUAUCGUGCACGCGGACAAGAUCUCCAACCGUGUGUACCACACGGAGAGCCAAGAGGCGGCGCUGACGUCGACGGGCGGCCUACUGCGGUUGCACCAGGCGGUCGAAACGACGCUUGCACUGCACUACCUCCAGCCGCUCAAGCAGACGCCGAUCGUCGACGUGACGGCCGCGACGGCCAAGCUCCAGCAGGCGGUCGCCCACUGGCUCGAGCACCACGAGUGCCCGGAUCUGAACGCGACCAGCGGUGCGUAUUGGUGGCACUUGCUUUCGGCAACCAUCCUGGUGUUUGUGCCUACCGCGCACGACGCGCUGGCGGUCUAUGUCUCGAGUGGCGAUGCGAGCCCGCUGCUGGCGCUGCUCGCGACGUCGAAAGACGCUCGGUUUGUUGCGUCGCUCCCGAUUCUCCAGGCGUGUCUUGUGCUCUCGGCGCGCCUCCCGCGCGGCUCGAUGCGCCAGCAAGGUGUGCAGUGGACGCUCCUCGGUCUCUGGCGCUUUGGCCUCUUGACCCCGACGUCGCCGCUCGACCCUGCCUUGCUGCCGCUCAUCAAGCGCGACGUGCUUUUGCAGCAGAUUGCACGGGCGUCGUGCCGCCACACGGUCGACACGGUGUUGCAGGCGCAGUCGCCGCAGGCCUACGCCGCCGAGAACGUUGACGCGUCGAUCGCCAAGGUCGAGGCGCUCACCGACAAGGCGAUUGCGCGUCCGUGCGACGAUGCGCUCUUUGGUGCUGCCUUCCAGGAGAUUGUUCGGUUUGGCUCGACCAUCAUGACGGCCAAGGUCGUCGGCUGGUGCGAAGCGCUCGCGACAAACGCGACCGAUUCCAGCCAAGUGCUCCGCGAGCUCAUCAUGUUCCAGCAGACCACCGAGAGCUUUGUGCGUCGCCUCCAGCACAAAUAUGUGGUCUUUGAAGACGUCAUCGAGCCGGUGGUGGCGGCGAUUUACCACGCCAAGGACGGUCUCUCGCUGCUCAUGAGCGUCGUCACGGCGCAGGACAAGCCGGCGAUUUCGUCUCUGGCGCGGACGCUACUCAGUGUGCCGAGUCCGGCGAGUCUGCCAACGACGGCGUCGGCGCUCUUGGACCACGGCGCGGUUUUGGACGCCCACCACGUGCCGCGACUGCACCGGUUGACGACGGCCUUGUACCAGCUCGAGCUUCAAAACACGGACCAGCUGCAGCUCUUCCGUCGCAAGUCGGCGUCCAACGGCGCGUACCUCGCGGUGGCGCAGUCGAUCUUUGACGGCUACAUGACGCUCUGGACGGAAAACCAAGCGAAAAUGGACAAGAAACGCGAAGAGGACGAGCAGCUCUUCCGCUUCAAGGCCCGGACACUUGAGAUCGACUCGGAAGAACAGAUCCUCGAGCGCGAGUACCGGCAGCAGUUUCCCGACUUUGCCAAGGCGUUCUCGGACCUUUUGGAAGACCCGUUGGUCGCGACGCCCGCCGACGUGGACCCGACGAUCGAUGCGGCGCCGCUCCCGGACGCCGUCGUCCAGCUUGUCUCGUUUGCCCACGAGCGCCUCUUUACGCAGCACACACGCUACACGACGUCGCGUGCGGCCGCCGCAAUUGCGUCGCGGGAUGUCGCGAUCACGGACGAGAUUGCGUCGCUGAGCGGACUCGUCGUGCGCUGGCGCAAGCUCGAGCUCUACUCGUGGCCGCAGCUCAUGCUCAUCAAGGAGCGCAAGUUCCAGCUCGAGGCGCGCAAGGCGUGGUUCCAUCUGUACACGCUGUUGACGUCGCCGCCGAGCGGCGACGAGACGGUCGUGCCCGAAGUUGCGACGCUCGACUGGAUGUUCACGCUGACGUCGAUGCCCGACACGGAGGUCUUGGCCAAGGGCUGGCGCUUUCAGCUCUUUGAUACGAUGGACGCGUUCCUGCGGACGUGCACGGUGGGCCAGUUCCAGACGCGACUCGUGCUCCUCUAUGCGUUCUGCGGGCAGCUCUUCCUCGAAGUGCAGCACGCGCCCAAGCUCGAGACGCUCCGGCUGGCGUCGACUCUGUACCACCUGUAUCGGUUUUACGCGCAGCAUCUGACGUACGGGUGCCACCCGCUCUGGUCGCGCCUCCGGACGCCGAUCCAGACGCAGCUCAACGACUUUAUCAAGAUCUCGCGCUGGGACGAGCAGACGUACUACUCGCUCGCGGCGUCGGCCGAGAAGAGCCACCGCAAGCUCAUGAAGUUUGUCCGCGACUACGAGGAGAUUCUCAACAUGCCGAUGCAGACGUUCAUCGACAAGGUCGUUGACGGCAACAUCACCAACGAAAAGUACGACGGUAUCCAAGCGCUCCAGACGACGUGGAACGAUCUCAAGGCGCGGGACGACCCCGUCGAGCUCGUCAAGGACACGGAGAAGGACGAUGACGCCAAUGACGCGCCGAUGGACGACAAGGAUGACGACGACGAAGGCGAUGCGCCCAAGGAGGUGUGGCGUGUCGUCGCGAUGCCGACCAAGACCAAGGAAGCGCCGGUCGUGCUUCCGGAAGCGUGGACGGCGGCGGUCGACAGCUACCGCUGGGUCGCGCAGCUGCCGACGCUGACGCGCAAGAUUCAAAAGUACACGGCGACCGAGCUCCUCACGGACGCGGCGCUGCGCCGCAACCAGGCCGGCCGCCACGUUGGCGAGGACCUCUGCGAGACGAUCAUUUACCGCAUCGAGAAGCUCAAGUCGGACUCGGCGCCCAAGGGUGCCAAGAAGAAGGCACUGGUCGACCUCCUCGCCGAGAUCAAGUCGCAAGGCUUCUCGCAUCUCAAGACCAAGACGCCGCCGCAGCAGCAGCACAUGCAGUCGCUGCUCGAGCUCGACGUCCCGUUCGUCGACACGGUGCUUCGGUUGCACCCGGAGGUCGUGGCCACGGCGCCGUCGGGCGUCAAUGGUCUCUGGGCGCACGCCGACAGCUACUACUACCGGUUCCUCUCGCAGAUCCAGUCGAUGCGCUUCACGGUCGCGUCCGGCUACAACAAGGACAUUUCGUGGUCCGAAGUCGACCGUAUGUCUGGGUACGCCGAGAACAUGCUGCACACGAUGCUUCAGCAGCGCGCGCUGCUUGCGCAGAUGGCGUCGACGCACGAAGGUCUUCUCUUUGGCCUCUCGCAACUGCAGUCGCUUCCGUCGUCGCACGACCUCGUCCACGCGCAGACGUUUUUGGCGUCGUGGCGUGAUGCGCAGACGGCGACGCUGCUCCAGCUCACAAAGUGGGUCGAUGAGCUGCUGCUGCUGUUUGCGGACGACCCGGUGUUGGGCCAGCUCCUCACGGCGCUGCAGCAGUGCGGCGCGCAGGUCGCCAAGGCGUCGGUGGCCGCGCACUCUGGUAUUCCCGAAGUCCCAUCCGACGACGGCAACUUUGACGCGGCGACGAGCUUUGGCUUCCAAGACAAGACGCCGUCGACGACGACCGGCUUUUCGCCGCAUUGGCUCGAGCAGCCGGGCGCGUUGUGGCUCGACCCGGCGCCGCUUGUGGCGUCGGCGGCGGGCGCCGAGGCCGUGGUUGCGCAGCUUGCCGCGUUCUGCAGCGCCAAGUCGGUCGUGAGCAUUCGCGACGCGCUCUCGUCGCUGGCUACCGAGCAGGCGCAGUGGGCGGCGGACGCGGCCUUGCACCGUGCCCCGACGACGACCACCUCGCUCGACCUCGUGGAGGCUGUCGGCGACCGCUUCAACACGGUCGUUGAGAGCAUCUUGCUCUCGAUCCAGCAGGCGUGCAGUCUCUUUGAGAACAAGAGAGACGACGACAACCUCGAGUCGAUGGUGGUGUGCCACCAGCACCUCGCCAAGGUCGUGGGGCAGAGCCAAGUGCACAAGAUCCCGGCGCAGCUGUUGUCGCUCCUGUCGCACCUGCAUGCGUCGUCGUCGGCGGACGUUGCGCCGUGCUUGCGCUGGGUGCAGUCGCUCGUACCGGCGCUCAGCGCCCUCGUCCAGUGGCACUUCCAGCUCCUCUCGGACGUCAUCUACGUGCACAAGAGCAUGUCCAAGGCCGAGUUUGUCAUGGUUCGCGUCUUCCGCACGCUGCUUUCGAACGGUUUUUGCAAGGCGCCGGAGGAGAAGGAAGAUGACUCGACGGGCGGCCAGUUCAACUUUGAAGACGACGUGGAAGGCACGGGCAUGGGCGAAGGCGACGGCAAGAAGGACCCGCCGCCCGAGAACCAAGAGAAGAAGGACAAGGAGAAGGACGACUCAGGUCUCGAGAUGAACAACGACUUUGACGGACAGCUCGAGGACCUGGACGACGACGACCAGAAAGACGACGACAAAGACGACGACGACGACCAAGAGGAGCUCGACCGCGAAAUGGGCGACUUUGACGAAGACAAUAUCAAGCGGUGGGGCGAAGACUCGGACGACGAAGACGACAACAUUGACAAGGAUAAAGAGAAGUUUGAUGACAAGGAAAUGGAAGGCGAGGCGCUCGCAGAUGAAGUCCGCGGCAAGGACGGAGACGAGGAUGAGGACGACAAGGAUGACAAGGACGACAAGAAGGACAAGCCGCAGCCCCCUGCCGCCGACGACGCCAAGGACGACGACGACGGCGACGACGACGGCGAGGACAAGAAGGACGGACCGAUGCCCGACGACGAGAUCAACGAAGAUACCGAGGACAAGUACGAGGAAGAUCACGACGACCUGGCGCCGCGCGACGCCAACCCGGACGACGAAGAGUCCAAGCCAGAAGAAGAAGAGUUUGCAGAAGACAUGAAGCUCGACGGCGACGGUGACGACGACGACAAGGACGACGAUGAGCCGAUCGACGAAGAGAUGCCCAACGACGAGGCGCCGGAAGGCGAGGGUGCCGAAGACGAGUCGGCUGCACCCGAGGACGAAGAGCCCAAGGACGACGAAGAGGACGCGGACGCGCCCGAGCCUGUCUCGAUGGGCGCUGGCAUGGACGACCAAGACGUCCCGGACGAGCAAAAGGACGACGAGUCCAAGCUCGAAGAAGAAGUGCCCGAAGAGAUCAUGCCAGAGGAGAAGAAGGACGAGAGCCAGAACGCCGGUGCGGUCGCGGGCCUCGAGUCCAAGGACGGCGCCGACACGAUGGAGCCCGAAGAAGCCAAGGAAGAUGACGACGAGAAGGCCGACGAGGACAUGGGCGAAGCGGAAGACUCGGCCGAGCAGAACCAAGAUCGCCAGGGCGGCCAAGCCAACCCGGAAGGGAAGGAUCUGCAGUCGGUGCACAGCGAUGCGUCGGCGGACCCGCAGUCGCGCGAGCGGAAGGACCCGAACCCGUACCAGAACCCGCGCAAGGCGCAGGAACAUUGGCGCAAACGCAUGGAGAUUCUCGACUCGGAUACGACCAAGGACCAAACUACGGACGAGAACGACGACGACGACGGUGCCGACGACAAGAAGGACGACGGCGGUGUCGGCGAGCUCGCGGACGACGAUGAGAAGGCCGAGUUGGCGCUCGCUCCGACCGAAGACACGGUCAUGCAUGGCGCCGAUGACGACGAGGACAAGGACGGUGACAAGCCCGAUGAACCCAUGGACGACGACGAGACGCCGGUGCCCGAAGAAGCGCCGGUUGUCGAAGACAAGCCGACCGAGACGCAAGACGAAGAGAAGGCGCCCAAGGCCCCGCAAGACAAGAUGCAGAAGGCCAAGGAGCAAGGUCUCAAGGCCGAAGAGCUCGUCGACGACGACGCCGAUGACGACAUGGGCGUCGACGACGACGACGUCCGCAACGACAACGACUUUGAACGCCGAAUCGACGAAGAAGUCGACGAGUUUGCGCCGAUCGUUGCAUCCGGUGCCGACGCCGGCGGCGAAAGCGGUCUCGACGCAACCACGAGCUUCGACGUCGACGCGCUCCGUGCGCAACUGGACGCGGCCAUGUCGUGUCCGACCGUCGACUCGAUCGAGCGCGGCACGGCGCUUUGGAACACGUACGACCACAUCACGCGCGCGGGCGCCCAGCGUCUCUGCGAACAGCUGCGUCUCGUGCUGGCGCCGAUGCUCCGGUCGCGUCUCCAGGGCGACUACCGGACGGGCAAGCGCAUCAACAUGCGCAAGGUCAUCCCGUACAUUGCGUCGUCGUUCCGAAAGGACAAGAUCUGGCUGCGUCGCACCAAGCCGAGCAAGCGCGCGUACCAAGUCAUGGUGGCAAUCGACGACUCGGAGUCGAUGGCGGACAACCACGCCGGCCGGCUCGCGCUCGAGGCGCUCACAACGCUCUGCAAGGGCAUGACGCAGCUCGAGGUCGGCGACAUUUCGGUCGUCAAGUUUGGCGCCGCCGUCGAGCUCCUGCAUCCGUUUGAUAUGCCGUUUACGGACGACGCCGGCGGCCGCGUCAUUCGGUCGUUCCAGUUUGACCAGACCAAGACCCACAUGGUCCAGACCCUCGAGGCGAUCGUGGGCCUUCUCGACCAGGCCAAGGCGUCGAGCCACCACAGUGGCAGCGAGAUCACGCAGAUUGACGGCCGGACGCGCAUGCAAAAGCUAGUGCAGCACGCGAUGGAGAAGCAGCAGCUCAUUGUGCUCUUGAUUGUCGACCACCCGAAGGACGGCCAGGGCAUUUGCGACACGCAGAGCGUCUCGUUUGUGCGCGGCAAGGUCGAGAUGACGCCGUACAUGGACAACUUUCCGUUCCCGUACUACGUCAUCAUGAAGGACACGACUCUUUUGCCCGAGACGCUUUGCAACGCGCUGCGACAGUGGUUUGAGCUCCUCCAAGGCAGCGACUAG